UAUCUGGGGCUCAUUUAUAAAUUUGCUCUUGGGCAGUAAUGGUCCCCAUACACGUUAAGAUUCGUGAAGAGCGGAUCUUCACCCGAUAUCUCCACCUAUGGGUGGGCGAUAUCGGGGGGCAUGUAGGCUAAUUCGAUCGUUUGGCCCUGGGCAAUAUAUCGGCAUCAAUGGGGCACUUGGUUAAAAAAUUUAGUCACAUCGGGGACCACAACGGCUUGUUGAUGCGGUCCCCGAUGUGACUAAAUUUUUUAACCUGCCCAAUCGAUAUGCCAGAUAUCGGUAGGGCCAGGCCCCUCGUUUCUGCCCCUACACGGGCCGUGUACGGGGGGGGGGGACCUUAACCCAUAGCAACCAAUCAGCGACCAGCUGCAGGUUGAAAGCAAUGAAAUGACUGGUUGCCGUGAGUUACUGCCCAGGUGCAAAUAUGCCCAGUGUUUAUAAAUGACCCCAGUGGUACCCAUAUAUUCUAGGUACUACCCCCAGUAGGGUAAAACUCACUUGUGCCUAAAUUCAUUUUAACAUCACCAUUAAACCCUACCAAGGUGAUGAGGGCCUGUGAAAAUAUAUACCUGGAUAAUAUUACCAGUCAUUGCUACAGAUAUUGCAUAUUUAGACGCAUUCCCCCAUUCAAAAAACACCUCAAUUUGCCCAUUUCUAAUAUGGCCGCCGCCCACCUCUUCCCAAUCCAGGCGAGGAGCGACCGCUGGAUCCGUAGCCCCGCCCCUUCACCAAUAGUUACACGGCCUGACUACGCCCCGCCCCUCUCCAGCCUGCGCUGCAAGUUCCUGGCAGGACCUGUUACAGUUCGGUCAGUUCUGCAGCCAAGUCUUUCCUUCCAGCUUUCCUUCCCAGAAUGCCUUCCUGGGCCCCCGCCAUCGGCCUCACCAUCCUCCCCCACGUGGGCGGCAUCGCCGGGGGGUUAAUAACGCGGCAAGAGGUUAAAACCUGGUACACGACCCUGGUGAAACCCUCCUGGCGCCCCCCCAACUGGAUGUUUGGCCCUGUGUGGACCACAUUAUAUACCUCCAUGGGCUAUGGCUCCUACCUGAUCUACAAGGAACUGGGAGGGCUGAAUGAGAAUGCCGUGGUGCCUCUCGGACUCUACGCCAGCCAGCUGGCACUCAACUGGGCAUGGACUCCCAUAUUCUUUGGGGCCCACAAGAUCGGCUGGGGACUGGUUGAUCUACUUCUCCUCUGUGGGGCCGCCGCUGCCACAACGAUAUCCUGGUACCCUAUCAGCCGGCCGGCGGCGUAUCUGAUGCUCCCCUACCUGGCGUGGCUCACCUUGGCCUCUGCCCUCAACUACCGCAUCUGGAGGGACAACAAGGACAAGAGCGAGUAGGAACCAUUCCCGCCAGCGAGGGGGGGGGGUCUCUAGGGUCUGUUUAUUGCCUGUAUCAUAUCGUUACAUAGUUUUAUAUAAUAGGCUUGUUACAGGGCUGUUUGUAUGAAGGAAACCCAGCAGUCGGCUGUACAACGCUGAAUGUACGGCAGCACCACUGUCACUGUUGGAUCAUUCCGCCGGCGUUUAAAUAAAAUCCAGAAAAGGAAA